AUGGUCCAGGGAAAUUGUGCCGCCAAAGGCAACAGCAAGGGUAACCACGGCGGAGGAUCCCGUCGUCCCUCAUCGCACAGAUCGCGAAAGUGCAAUCUUAACCGGAACGGCAACGACGGCAGGAAAACACAGCAACCGGGCAGUAAGCAGGGACAAGAUGCGAUCAAGGAAGAAGGGGAUGAAGAAGAGCAGGAAAACUACGAGCCCUUCCCUCGGCUUGAGAAGAAACACCAGCAGAUUAUUCUGAACAUCUUCCGGGAUACCUUCUCGGACGUCCUCUUUUCCGACACCUUCACCUCCACCCUGCAGGCCGUGAAGCAAGCCCUCUACGAGCGCGAGUUCGCAAAGGCGUUUGGCGACCCGGAGUACCUGGCUGUUUAUGCCACGAGAUGGAGUCCCACGAGGGCGUUGUGCUAUUCUUCUAUCUUGGGCGGCAUUAGGAAGCAUUUGGAUGGUGUCAUUGUUGAGGAGGAGGCCGAGACUGAGACGACCCCUUCAGGAAAGACUACCACUGAAGAACCCAAAACAACAAAAGAGGACAAUACCCCAGCAGAAGAGGAAGACCCCCUCGCCUCCCAAACCACCAACCUCUCCCUCUCCGAGCCCCCUUCUCAAAAAACAACAUCAACCGUCAUUCCCAAACUCAACAUCCUCAGCAUAGGCGGCGGGCCCGCCGAGCUCGUCGCUCUCGGCUCCUUCCUCAACCAACAAACCCCCUUGUCUUCACCUAGUCUAUCAGGUAGCAUAACCCUCCUGGACUCCGCCCCCUACGCUCCCCUCCUCACCCGCCUGGAAACAUCCCUAACCGCCACGCCUCCCAUUUCCAAAUAUGCCAGCGCGGCCGCCAAAGCCGCCAACGUGCCUCUCCUGUCCCCCGCCUCGCGAAUCUCGUCAAAAUUCAUCCAGCGCGACGCUCUCGAGUUGGGCAAGGAAGGGUUCACCUCCGUCUUGGAAAGUCAGAAAGAUGUACCAAUCCUAGCCACCCUCCUCUUCACGCUGAACGAACUCUUCACCUCCUCGGGCAUCGGCGCAACGACCAAGUUCCUGCUUGAUCUAACGGCCUCGCUUCCGCUUAACUCCCUUUUGUUAGUGGUCGACAGUCCCGGUAGCUACUCGGAGACGGCGGUGGGGAAGGACGCAAGCAAGAAAUAUCCCAUGGCGUGGCUUUUGGACAGGGUGUUGUUGGCUGCUGAUCCCAAGACCGGGAAAGCGACGGCGGUGGUGGACGGUAGGAAGUGGAGGAAAUUGGAGACGAGGAAAUCAAGCUGGUUUAGACUCGCUGAGGGACGCGGAGGGGAGCCUGGGCUGGAUUACCCGAUUGGGUUGGAGAAUAUGAGGUAUCAGUUGCAUUUGUAUCGGUUGGUGGAUGAGGAUGAGCCCGAGGAGGAGGAGGAGGAGAAGGGUAGCGAGGAAAGUGACGAGGAGUGA